AUGCUAAAACCAUAUCAAGAAUUUUCCACUCCCAGGUUUAUAAUUGACAGCAAACAACUUGAGGGAACGGACAGCCCCAUAAAAGAAACUCCAGUUGCCCUUCCAGAUAUUUCAAUUUCACAUAAUCAUCCAAAUGAUGGUGCAGACUAUUUUCUCGUGAUCCCAGCACCACUAAAGGCAAUUUCAGAUUCUAUGCUUGCCCUUAACGGGAAGAACAAAAUAAGGCAAAUAUCAACAGUUAAGGUGAUGUAUAAGGAGACAAAGGACCAGCAAAAAGAUGAAGAGGGAGCAGAAGACGAAUUUGAUGAUGAUACACAAUUGUACAAAGCAAAGCAAAGUUACCUUUUAAAAAACGACUCAAAGGAUGUUCCCAUCUACAGAUUGAAUACAAGCUCUUUGACAAUCGACAUCUUGGCAUGCCCUAUUUUUCAGAAUAAGGUCACAUACAAUCUUCUCGCAAACAGUGUUCUUAACUCUUACACGAUAAAGAAUAUGAUAGUGCUUGCAACAAGUGAGCUUACAGGGCAUGGACUUCUAAAUAAACUUCUUUCUUCACAUAAAUACACGCAGAUGGUCAAUUUUACAGACUCACAACUACAAAGUCUGAAAUCAAUACCUACAAUCACUCCUCCUACAGCCAUUACAGGUAUCAGUGGCUCUUUUGCUUCCAGGGCGACCUUCGAGAAGAUUCCAUGCCUAACUCUUGUUACAGAUGCAGAAGGAGCCUUUAACUUAGACAUGGAACAGCUCAAUAUAGACGCUGCAGAAUUAUUGGCGGUUACUCUUAACAAACUUUUGAACCUGGACAAUUCUCCGAAAUUCCUUCAGGCUGUGAAGACCAGACUCGAGUUGAAGCGGGCAGGAAGUAGUGCAUUGUAUAUGUAA